UAGUGACAGUGGCAUAUAAAUAAAAAUGGAAAGUUGAUCAAGAUUAAGUUCAUUGAAUUGAAAACGAUCUUCCAAGCGUGAGAGAUAAAAAGUUUAAAUAUGAUUCACGUCCAUAUACACCGUUUACUAGACGAGUGGUGAAUCAGUUAAGUAGCUCACGUAAAUGUUCUUGUCAACGUUUUGUAGUUCCUUUGUGUACAAUAAGAUUUACAAAUAAUGCAUUAUUUGAAGAAACAAAAAGUCGAGGUAAUCAAACAGAGAAUUUAGAAAUAUUAUUGUAAAAGAAUGACAAUAUUAUAUCAGACUAAAAUGUGCAAUACGGAUCGUGAUGAAACUGAUAGGAUACCAUCGAAUGAUAGAGCAACGAAUUGGGAUGUAGCUGGUUUUAUUUUCUCGAUAAUCAGUCAUAUUCUCGAUGUCGUAUUCGACUGUAACGUAGCCUACAGGUACUACAUUAACAACAAUGUACCAUAUUUCUGUGCCACAUUGUCUUUCAUAAUAAUACCUGCGAUAAUCAACACCAUAUUCAGCGUUCGUAUGUACGUUUUGGACCGAGACAAUGUGAACAGGGGAACAAAUUUAACUAAAAAAUGUACCAAAAAAGGAAUGUGUUUAUUGAUGGUGUUACUGUUUCAAUUGGCUCCAAUCCUGCGCUAUUUCGAUGCACUGAAAUAUGCUCUGAAGUCGAAAGAAGCGGAAAAAAACAAAGACGUCGAAAACCAAAGAAAGUAUUACGAACUAAUGAUUAAGGAAGAUUCCGAUGUAGCCUUACUGAGAGUAUUGGAGUGUUUUUUGGAAGCAGCGCCUCAAUUAAUUCUACAAUUGGCAAUUAUUUUCUACAGUAACGGUAAAGAAAUGGAAGGACCCCCUUUAACAAUAAUUCACCAACUUCUCUCGAUUGGAAGUUCUUUUGUAAGCAUGGCAUGGGCAAUGGCAUCUUAUCAAAGACUUUUGCGAGUGGCUUUAAAGACAAAGAACAACAUUUCCUGGUCCGGAACUAUCGUCCAAUUUAUGUGGCAUUUUCUAGUUACAGUUUCCAGAAUUCUCUGCAUCAGCGUCAUAGCUUCGAUUUAUCCCACAGAAACGAUCUUAAUAAUCAUCGGGCACUGGUUCAUAAUGACUUUAUGGCUGGCGUGCACCAGCGAUAAAAAUAACUUCUGCGAUCACAAUUCGCUCUACGAUUUCCUUUUCUACUGCAUUCUUGGCGCCGUAUAUAUUUUUACGCAUGUCGUAUUGGUGGAAGGGCCGACGUGUUGUAAGUACUUGAUCUUCUACAGCGUGCUGUUCGCAGAGAAUACGAUAGCUAAUGUCGUGUGGACGGUAACCGUGAAUGAUGAAGUGAAAACUAAAGUUUAUUAUUUGCCCAUUGUCUUGCUGAAUGUUAUUCCAUUCAUUUUCGGCAUAUUCUUUAUGCUGCUUUAUUACAGAGUGUUUCACCCUAGUUUGAGUACGGGUUAUAGCCGACAGCAAAGUCAAGUGAUCGGUUUGGAGAGUUAACAGAAUACUUAAUUUUAGUUAAUUUUUUUAGUAGGAUAUUUUAUUGAUUUUUUUGGCAAGCGUGAAGUAACAUUUUUAAUUAGCUCUCUUAAUUUUUUUUUCUAUAAGAAAAACCGGUUAAUUUUGAUCCUAUAAUAGUCCAUUUACAAACGUUUAAAAUAUUAAAUAUUUUAAUGGUUUGGUUACAACGUGUACUGUAAUAUUCGCUAAAAAUGCGAAUAUUUAAGUAGUUAAUUUUUAUGUUAAUCAUGCAUAUACUUAUUUAUUUAAAUUAAGAAAAAAACGUUUAUUUUAUGUAUAUGCGCAGAAUGUGUUGAAUUUAAAACUUGAUCUAAUUUAUUAUCCUUUAAGGUCAAUUUAUCAGAUUAGACCGAUGGAAAAUUGUAUAAGUAAACUAAAACAAACGACCGUUUAUUAAAGUAUCAACGCUAACCAUUGUGCAUAUGCAUUUUACAAAUUUUGUCGUACUGUAAACUUAUUUAUAGUUUAAUUUUAUUAUGUUUAGGUAAUUAUUGUGUAAUAUUGUAUUUUAGAUCAAAUUGUGAUACUGUUUUCAAGGCGUUUCAACUAAAAUCAACUUAUUGAGAUUUUUUAGCUUUUAAUUUUAUUCGAAAUGUAUUCUGAGCUUUAGAAGUUCCUGAAACAUGAAAAGACUUAAUCUAAUCUAAAAAAAAUAUUUUGGUAAAAAUUUACAACAACAGCCCCUGUAACUCGGCAUUACAUUUUCGAAGACUUAAUCGUAAUAUUACAGCGACAUAGCUUAAGACAUUUUAUAAAAAUAUUUUAGAGUUUUAAUAAUUUAAGCAAUUAAACGCCUAUUUUAAACGUUAGUCGUAAAUCUAGUCUUCAUCAAUUACCUUUUUACCAUUAAAAUAUGAGUAAAAUUUAAUUGUUAACUAUUUUGUUUAUCGACCUACAAAAGGUGAGCGGUAUUUUCAAUGAAAUCAGCAGUAGUUUCUUCAUUAUAAUCAAAAAAUAGCCCUUAAAAAUUUAAAUCUUACUUCUUUGUUAAAGAAUUGUUCCCCCAAUUUU